AUGGAGAGCAUACAUUUAUCUUCAAAUUUCAGUGAAAAAAGAUGUACUAAGUAUUUUGAAAAUCUAUUUGAAUUAAAGAAUGAACGAAUUGAUCAAAAUUGUCAAAGAUCAUAUAUCCACUCCAAUAUAGACUAUUUCAGAAAGAGGCAUUUAUUAAGGUAUCUACUAAUAGAAUAUUUACUCAUAAAACACAAUUCGUUUUCAUUCUAUAUCAAAAAUCAAUUAAAGACUGAUGAAACAUUUUUAGAUAAAAAUGGAAAUGAAUUAAUUGGAGAAAUUAGUAUGGAUUUGGAUAUUGAGAAGUCUAAAUUCACAAUUUAUCCAUUAAAAUAUGCAAUAUCACUUAAUCAUGAUGUAACUAUUUUAGGAAUGCUAAUAAAUAAUGGAGAAGGUCAAAUAUUAAUUGAAGAUCCAACCCAUAAAGUUAAAGUUGUUAUUAAUUCAAAUAUAACUUUGUUUGGGAAGGGUAUUUAUUGCUUUAAUCACAUUGUCAUUGCUAGAGGGAAGAUAAAUCAAAUGAAUGAAAGUUUUCACGUGUACCUUAUGUUUCAUCCUCCAAUCCAAAAUAUUAAUGAAGAUACCACAAAUGUUAUUCUAUCGGAUUUAUUUUCUAAUUUCAACAAUUCUUUAUUGAUAUCUAAAAAUCGUGAAAAAAAUCGUGAUAGCAACGAAAAACAAAUCAAAACUGAUACGAAACAUUUUUGUAUGAAAAACUUUGAAGAUUUAAGAAUUAAAGUUCAAGUAUCUAGAAAUGAUUAUUGGGUAAUUAUUUCAGAUAUUUUAUUAACAAAUGCGAAAGCAAUUGAAAAUCUACGUAAAGUAUUUUCCGGCUAUGAAAAAUUGAUGAAAGAUACAAAUCUUCAAAUAGGCUUUAUUUUAUUAGGUAACUUUACAAAUGGUGAUACUGAUAAAAAUGGAAAAAAUGAGGACCAAGAAAAUAUCUUUUUUAAAAACGAAUCUGGUUCUAGUGAAAAAGAACAAUUUAUAAAAUUAUCUACAUUCAACAAAAAUACACACGGAAUUCACUUUAAAAAUUCCCACAUAAACUUUAGCAAAACUAUAGAAAGUUUUGAAAAACUCAAAAAUCUUUUUAGGGAAUUUCCAGUAUUGCUUUCAAACUCCGACUUCUUCAUUAUUUCUGGACCAAAUGAUAUUGGGCCAAAUUUAAUUCCGAAAAACCCUUUAUCUAAUUACUAUACAUCAUAUCUAUCUAAAGAGUUCCCCAAAUCGAAAAUUUCCUUUCUUUCAAACCCAUCUGUUCUUGAUGAUGGUGAGAUCAAAAUGUUUUUUUCUAGAUAUUCUCUAACUAAAGAACUUAAAGAAAAGACUUUAUUUUCUUAUUUUGGUACUAAAGAUGUAGGCCUCACAACACAAUGGAAUAUUGAACCUGAAACUUUGGAAAGUAUUAUACCGCAAACUGUUUUAGGCCAACAACACUUAACUCCUACAAGUUCGAAUAUUAUACCGAAUCUUGAUCAUUGCUUAUAUUUACUACCAACUCCAAAAAUUUUAAUUAUUGGUGACUCUGGCCCAAGCUACUCUGUAAAGUCAAUGAAUCAAAUUUGGAUUGUAAAUCCAGGAUCUUUUAAUAACACGAACUCAUGGGUACAGUUUAAUGUGUUAACUGAUUCGAUUGACCAUGUAUGGUUGUAA